AUGGACAUAGAGCUAUCUAUAGGAGAGGAGGAUGUUGACUGGAGGAGUCGACGGGAGAGAAUAAAUAAUGCAUUGGCGGCUACACAAACCGUGGUGCAACAAUAUCCAGCGAAAGUGCACGCACUUGCUCGCAAACUGGGGGAGGUCAUCAAUGGCGCCGACGUUGAAGAGUUCAUUUCCACGAUCGAAAGGCUUGCCAAUCAAGCCCAUCCGUCUGUCAUUCUCAAUUUCCAGGGGCUAUCGAGGGGUUCCUUGCUCCACAUUGCAGCAGGAGUUGGCAAGGUCGACAUCCUAAGGCUCCUAGUUGAUUUUGUCCCUGACCACCUCAUAGCCAGCCAAGAUGAUUGGGGAAAUACCCCCUUCCACAUUUCUGCUAGGGCCGGGGAAUCUAGAGCCGCCGCAAUGUUGAUUCGCCGGGCAAGAGACCUCCCUGACCCAAUCCUGAGGAUGAAGAACAAACAUGGAAACACCGCUUUGCAUGAGGCCGUGCUUAAUCGUCAUGUCAACAUGGUGCAACUUUUGGUGAGAGAAGAUUUGGAACCCGUGUAUUGGAAGAACUUGGAUAAAAAAUCUCCCCUGUACCUGGCCCUUGACACCGGCGACUCCACAAUACUUGAGUUUUUACUUUCUCUCUCGCUCGAAACAUCAAGGAUACAAGGCUUGCCGCCCGUUCAUGGUGCUAUUCUGCGUUCUGACUAUGAAUUAGUUGCCAAGCUAUUCAAAAGGAACAUGAAGCUAUUUGCAAUGACCGACUCCGGAGGCGGUAAUGUAUUCCACAUAGCAGCUCUCUUGAACGAGGCUAGAGUAUUCGAACACUUACAACCAGAAACAGAAUAUUUGGUUCAAGAACGGGACGUGAAUGGGGAUCUUCCCAUUCAUAUUGCGAGCAAGAUGGGAAAUGUUGAACUGAUCAAGAAGCUACAACCGGUAUCACAGUUGCUAAACGGGCAAGGACAAGCUAUUCUUCAUAUUGCAGCAAAAUAUGGGAGAACUUCAGUUGUGAGAUAUAUACUCAGCGAUCCAGAAUUGGGGAUGCUGAUAAAUGAAAGAGAUAAUGCCGGAAAUACACCAUUGCACUUGGCCGCAAUGUAUUCACAACCCGGUGCCUUGGUUUAUCUUGUGCAGGAUGAAAGAAUUCAGCUCUUCCUUCUCAACCACAAACGCUUGACUGCUUUUGGCAUUGCUCUAGAUGGCAUCAAAGAUAAGUAUGUGUUUCGAAAGAAAAUGGCUUUCAUGGUGUUAAGGGCUGCAUCGGCCGUGAACAGAGACAUAAUCGUACAAAGGCCAGAAGUUCGAAAUAAAGAGUAUCCGAUAUAUGGCAGUAAUGCGUGGAAGCCAGACAUGGACGACAUGAAGGAUCUGAUCAACACCCGUCUGCUGGUGGCAGCGCUUGUGGUCACUGUGACUUUCGCAGCUGGUUUCACAGUUCCUGGAGGAUUUAACAGCAUUGACACGGCCUCCAAAGAUGACCAAGGCAUGGCUACAAUGCUGGACAAGAGAAUGUUCCAGGCUUUCGUGAUUUGCAACACCAUUGCGAUGAUCUUCUCAAUGACCGCGGUCGUCAACCUCAUGUUGGCGCAGCAAAAAGACGCCCACAAGGCGUUAACUGCAUACGUGCACUCAAAACUGCAGCUUAUAGUUGCACUCUUGGCGAUGUCCAUCGCUUUCUUAACUGGCGUCACCUUGACUGUUGGCAAACUCCCAUGGCUUGCUAACACCAUAUUUUAUUUGGGACUCGUUAUCCUCCUGAUUAACUCAGGUACUAAAUUGUUAGGGUUCCCUUACUUCUACCUGACCAGCCGUCUUCGAAUCCGUUCGAUGACAUACUGGCUUUUUCUCGCUUCCAUUUAUUGGUGGGGAAUUGAGACUUUCCAUUAUGAUGACUGGGAAGAGGAUGGGACGGCGAGCCAGACCUCUGUAGGUCAGCCUCAAGAUGGUGCUGCGAAUCGAUUCACUAACAACUCGGCGACAAUGAAAUGUUUGGACGGCGCAAAUCCUCCCAAUCACUAG